AUGACCUCUAUAGUUAAUAGCUUCAAUGAGGUGACUAAUUUUGUGAAGAAGGUAGAUGGAGUUCGGAAGGAUAGACAUGCUAAAACAUUGGCUAAGAAGUCCAAGAAAAUGGUCACCUAUAGUGGUUCAUAUUCUAAAAGUCCUGUGUCCCCUUCCAUUGUGUCUAUUCCCUUGGUUUUGGAAUUUCUAGAAGUGUUUCCUAUAGAUCUCCCUGGUAUGCCUCUAGAUAGGGACAUAUACUUCCGUAUUGAUUUGGAGCCAGACACUCGACCAAUUUCUAUCCCUCACCAUUACAUGGCUCUGACUCAGUUGAGAGAUUUUAAGAUUCAGCUCCAAGAAUUUCUUGAUAAGAGAUUUGCUUGUCCUAGUGCUUCUCCUUAG